AUGAACUCGCAAGAUUUGUCGGCGCCGCAACAGCGGCAGGGCGAAGACGACGACGGCAGUGAGUACGAGGACGUGAUUGAGGAAAGGGAGUUGGAGGUGGAAGACGAGUCGUACGUUACCGGGUCAGAUGACGACGAAUACGAUGAGGAGACGACGGAAAACUACGAGGAGGAGGAAGAGGAAGAGCAGGAAAACUUGCUUUCUUUUUCAACAUUUCCACUGGAGGCUCUACGCGGUCAGCACAUCAUGGUGGUGGUCGCGUUUAAUCGGUUCAUUGCCGUUGGCACAAACCGUGGCGUAGUGGCGUUAGUGGAAACGUCUGGAAUGGUGGUCCGCAUGCUGAACAAGCACGUUAACCCCAUCAGCGACGUGAGCUGUGACGCGAUGGAGGAGCAUGUGGGGUCCUCCGACAAAUCGGGCGUGGUCACGGUACAGAACUUGUACGACGAACAAGGUUUUUACCGAAAAGAGUUCGAUGUUCCAAUUCAUUCAAUGGCACUGCACCCAAAAUAUAGCCGCAAUGAGGAUCGACCCAUUGUUGUAGGUGGCGGUGAUAAGGUGAUGCUCAUCACAAAGGCGAGAAUACUGGGUCACCGCAAAAGCACGGUUUUGCAGGAGCGCCGUGGAAGGGUCUACUUGGUUCGCUGGUGUGGCCCCGACUUGAUCGCUUGGGCAAGCGAUCGUGGUGUGCAGCUGUAUAGUUACACAGGGCGGGCGAUGGUGCAGUUCGUUGCGCGACCCUUAGACGCAUCACGACUGGAGUUUUACCCCUGUUCCCUUGUCUGGGAGGCUCCUCGCACACUUAGCUGGGGAUGGGGGGACUGGGUUCAGGUGCUUCACGUCUACGAGCUGCGGAUGGAGGAGAGGUUGAGGUGGGGAACCGAAUUCUUGUCGCGAACGCAUCGAGUGGAAGUCAUGCCGGCUAUUCUACCGCACACGGCGACGGAGCCGUGUCGUGUAUGUGGCAUAGCUCCUUUUGGUCCGGACCGCUACCUCGUGCUUGCGUGCACGCUCGAGCAGGAAGGGUACAUGAAGGAACUAGAGGUGCGUAUUGUGGAGCGUGCCACGUUUGUUAAUGUUUUCCGUGGGCGCCUGCAUACUAAGUACAAACAUCCCUUGCAGUAUAGUUUGACCUUCUCAGCUGGUGGUGGUAGUGCUGCCGCUGUCGCGGCUACUUCGACGACAGCUUCAAAGGUGACGCCUACAUCGCUGCUGCCUUCCCUGCUUUCAGCGUCUGCCGCUUUGUCGGAGUCCGUUUUUUUCAUCGCCUGCGUGGAUGCCGUCAUUAAAGUGACGCCCACCGACGACGACCAACAUGUGGAGUAUCUUCUUAAAGUGGGUCGCUUUAAGGAAGCCUACAGCUACGCUCGCACCCACUCGCUUCGUCAACAUGAGGCUGCAGGCAUCGGCUAUCACCUCUUGCAGCACCUGUUCUCGGAGAAAAAGUACGAUGAGGUGGCCGCUUCUCUUCCGGAGGUUGUGAAGGAGGACUAUUUAGAGUGGGAGCGGUGGAUUUGUCAGUUCGACCAGGACGGCAUGUCCGACCUUCUGGUGGACGUACUCCCCAUUCACAGUGGAAGCGCCGGUGAGAAGACUGCUGAAGAUGGAAAAGCUUCGCAAAAAAAUACCAGAAUCGGAGAAGAGUAUUACGAGCUUGUGCUUCUUAGGUGUCUGGAGAAGGACGUACUCUGCUUUCAGAGGGCUGUGCACAAGUUCAGGGGAAUGUUUCGGCCUCAAGUUGUCUGCAAUGCCGCUGAACGCCACUAUAACGAUUGGAACAUGCAAGGUGCCUUGGGCGUUAUUCCCGACGAAAAAAGAAAGGCGCUCGGUGAUACAUACGGAUUGCUGCUACAGCUCGGUGGCCACUACGACAAGGCGCUUCAGGUUUUGUUGAGGGUCGACAACAGUGAUGAGCUCUUCAAACUUAUACGGAAAGAGAAGCUCUUUGCAGAGGCCAUAGAAGUGUUGCCUGCACUGUUUGCCAGGAACGAGGACCGCACCAUUGAGCUACUUUUGGAACACGUUCACCCUACAGACGCCGCCGUGGACGACGCGACCACGACAGCGGCGUUGCUGUCGCGGUCGAGGUUCACGCCGGCGGCCGUCGUGCAGAGAUUGGAGCGGACACAGCGCCGUUACCUGUGGGCGUACCUGAAGGCGUUACAGAGCCGAGACAAGGCAGUGUACGCCGCACUCUCUGAGACGCACGCACAGCUGUUUGCGACUCUCUUCAUCGAGAACGAGCCCGCUGGGCUGCUCCCGUUCUUGCGUGAUAAUUCCGCGCACCUUACGAAACUGCGAGAGAUAUUUGCGCUGUGCAAAAAGCACCAGCUGCUGGAGGAGAUGGUCUUUCUUCUUGCCAGGAUGGGGAAGGAGGAGGAGGGCCUUCGCAUCAUUGUGUACGACAUGAAAAGCGUCAGGAAGGCGGUUGAGUUCAUUGCCGACAUCCCCAAUGCAGAGGAUCGACUCCAGCUCUACAAGAGCCUUGUACAAAUGAGUGUUGAAGUGAACGCCACACUUCGCAGUCGCAACGGGCAGAAGUAUCUUGAGCACCGCUUGACAGAAGGGGAGACGUGGGCCAGCAUUGCCCAAAGGUAUGGCGUCGACGAGGAUGACCUGCGCGUGGCCAACGGCGCUGGGAAACCGCAGACUGGCAGUGGUGACAGUUUUAUGGCACCGUCAAGCAGCUAUUGCAUUGUGCCGCUAAACCUUACGGAGGCCCUCCUGCGGGCCAUUGUAGACCCGUCAAUCGCCGGGCGUAUUGCGUUAGACCCCACGCAAAUUGUUGAACUGCUGCCAGAGGAUGAGCCGAUACCGCACGUGGGAAAUUGCAUUUCCGACGUAGCGCGAAGCAAGGCGAAUGAUGUGCGGCUUAUGACCGCCGUCGUGCAUGUGGCAACGAGUGACUUGGGAAAGCAAUACGCAACGCUGUACCGGCAACGAGAGGCCGCAAUUCGCGUGGAGCCUGGAAUGGCGGUGUGUCCCUUUUGCCACCAGCCAUCGUUGGCAGGCGUUGUGGUCUUCGGGUGCUCCCACGCUUACCAUGCCAACUGCGUGAUUGGCUACCUCGCUGGCGAGGGCGUUCUGCUCGUUGGCCCAGCCGGCGUUGAUGUUGGCCGCUUCUUUAAGCACCCGGAGGAAUACCUGAGGGCGGACGCGCGGCAGAAGUCGCCGUGCUGCCUUCUCUGCCGCGAGGUGCGGGGGGCAGUGAAGUAA